AUGAAAGCCACAGUCUGGGAAGGCAAGCCCUUCCAUGUAUUUGUCCAAGAAAUGCCAAUCCCCAAAGUUCAGCACCCGAAUGAUGUUGUCAUCAAAAUCACAACCAGCGCCAUCUGCGGAUCGGACCUUCAUACCUACCGCGGUCGGCUGGGCAGUAAGAACCCGCCAUGGUUAAUGGGCCAUGAAGCAAUUGGGACUAUAGUGGAGGCAGGAGACGGAUUAAAGACUUUGAAUCUCGGAGAUCGCGUCAUGAUUGAGCUGACCAGCUGCGGUUACUGUAAUGAUGGCCGAAUGGCCUCUUGCAUGACGCAUAGUCCCCAAACUGUCAUUGAUAUAGGUUACGGCCCUUCACCUGGAGAACCUUUAGAGGGCGCACAGGCGGAGUACAUCCGCAUUCCCUUUGCGGAUUCCUCGUGCUUCAAGCUUCCCCAGAGCACAGAGCUUGAUCUUGACUUCAUCCUUCUCUCCGACGUUUUUCCAACGGCUUGGUUCGCUCUUGACUGCGCCAACUUUCAACCUGGCGAUACUGUGGCCGUCUUUGGUGCCGGCCCGGUGGGUGUGCUCUGUGCCUACUCGGCUCUCCUCCGUGGCGCAACCAAGGUCUACUCGGUCGAUUAUGUUCCUGCUCGUCUGGAGAAAGCAGCAUCAAUAGGUGCAGUUCCCAUCGAUUUCAACAAGAAAGACCCGGUUACGCAGAUUAUGGCAUGUGAGCCGCGCGGCGUACGAUGUAGUUGUGACUGUGUGGGUCUUGAUUGUCUCAAUGACAAGCUUGAGCCACAAGAGAAUGUCGUGUUGAACAACUGCAUCAGAGUGACUGAAGCAGGGGGUGGUAUAGGUUUGAUCGGAAUAUAUGCCCCACUUGGUCCAUCACCGGGAAUGCCACUAGCUUCUCCCCACCAAGGUGUGUUAUCAGUUCUGGUCGGACAGCUCUGGACGAAAGGGCUUUCUCUUAAGUGUGGUACAGCCGAGAUACACCGGCUACAGCCACCAUUGCGGGAUUUGAUUGAGUGUGGCAAGGCCAAACCAAGCUUCGUCAUCGAUGAGAUCCUGCAUAGUAUGGAUGAGGUGCCGCACGCAUACCAGAGGUUUGAGAAGAGAGAGAUUCUUAAGCCAGUGAUUCAGCUGCCUUAUCCGAUGGAGACUUUCGAUUGA